UAUGUUUCCUUCGAAGCAAUGUUUUACAUUUCCAAACGCAUCUCUUCUAAACAAAUACUAAUUAGUACCAUAAGUACCAUGAGCUCCAAAAGAUCCGCAUAACCUCUCCUUAUAAUCAUGCGUUUUUCUCAUACACAGUCUCUUUCAGUCUUAUGUCUCCUCUUCACUAUAUGGACCGUCCGUUCCGUGCCACCACAACCACCGGUUCGGUGCGACCAAACCGGCUGCACCGUAUCCAACGCAUACGGCGCGUGGCCUGACCGAAAAAACUGCAACGCGGCUAACAUCACAUACCCAACGACGGAGGAAGAGCUUCGUAAAGCGGUGGCUUACGCGUCUGAGCACAAUCUCAAGGCCAAAACCGUUACCAAAUUCUCUCACACGAUACCGAAACUCGCUUGCCCUUCCGGUUCAGAGGCAAUGCUAAUCAGCACGUCAAAAUACAACUCGGUUAUCGAAAUCGAACCGGACCGGUUUACGGUUACGGCAGACUCGGGAGUUUCGUUGAGAGAGCUGAUAGAUAAAGUGGAAGCAGCUGGGUUUAGCGUUGGAACGUCACCGUAUUGGGAAGGAGUGAGUAUUGGUGGGCUUAUUAGUACUGGGUCCCACGGAAGCUCGUGGUCGGGACGAGGAGGUUCGGUUCACGAUCAUGUUGUCGGAAUAAGCCUUGUGGUUCCAACAAAUUCAUCUGAAGGGUACGCUAAAGUUAUUAGAAUUGAAGAAGGGAGAGAUGAUAAGCUUCUUAACGCCGUUAAAGUGUCAUUGGGUGUUUUAGGAGUCAUCUCAAAGGUGAAGCUUUCGAUAUUGAAAGCAUUCAAGAGAAGUAUAACGUAUAACUUCACAUCUGACGUAGCUCUUGAAGACAUUUUCAUGGAGCAUGGCAAAAAAUUCGAAUACGGAGACAUAACUUGGUAUCCUUCUAGAAAAACUGCUGUUUACCGUUACGAUGUCCGAUCACCAGUCAACGUCUCAGGCAACGGAGUCAACGAUUUCAUUGGUUUUCAGUCCAACCCUAUCUUGAUCUCCAAAGGGGUUCGAGCAUUAGAGAAGUCACUUGAAGCUAGUAAAAGCGAGGACGGGAAAUGUAAGACGGCAGACACUACGUUGGCUUACAAGAAACUAACCGGAAACGGUUUAAAGAACAAUGGUUUGAUCUUUACAGGAUAUCCGGUUAUCGGUAACCAAGGAAAGAUUCAGACAUCAGGGUCUUGUCUUUACUCAUCCUCCAUUAGAAUUGAUGUCUCAUGUUCUUGGGAUCCAAGAUAUAACGGUCUUUUCUUCUAUGAGACGACAGCUAUGUUCCCGUUAUCUAGGUUUAGAGACUUUAUCCUCGACGUGAAGAAGCUACGAGACAUGAAACCCGAAAGACUUUGCGGUAUAGACAUCUACAAUGGUAUCCUCAUACGUUUCAUCAAGGGCUCAAAGGCUUAUCUCGGCCAGGGAGAGGACUCUGUGGUCAUUGACUUUAACUAUUACCGAGCUGACGAUGCGUUGACCCCGAGGUUAAACCAAGAUGUGAUGGAGGAGAUGGAGCAGAUGGCGUUUUUCAAAUACGGGGCAAAGCCGCAUUGGGGGAAGAAUAGGAAAGUGGGUUUCUUUGGCGUCAAGCAAAAGUAUGGACCUAACUUUGACAAGUUCUUGGAAGUGAAGAACAAGUUAGAUCCUAAGAAGAUGUUUUCUAGUGAAUGGUCAGAUGAGAUUUUUUUUGGAAGAGAAGGUUCCAAGUAUGAUGGGUGUGCACUUGAAGGGAAUUGUGUUUGUUCAGAAGACAGGCAUUGUAGCCCUUCUAAAGGUUACUUUUGUAGACAAGGUCUUGUUUAUACACAAGCUAGGGUUUGCAGAUUCUCCUCAGCCAAAGUUUCAAUGGCUUAACUAAAAAUUUUUGUUGUUUAAGAAUAAAAAUUUAUUUUCCAUCAUGAGUGUGUAUUGGACUCCUCCAAGAUUAUUGAUAAAAUAA